GUCGAGUGUCAAUUCUCCCUCGAUCUCGUCAAUUUCGCCACGUCGUCUCAAGCUGUCUUCAGCUUUCAACGCGGCGCGAAUCAAACAAAAUCGCAGAACAGGUCAAUAUCUAAUCGACAUUUGCUCCCCCGGACGCAGCAGCAGCGACUUGACGACGUCCCCUCGGGCAUGAAGUCGCACGAGCUGUGGGAGCGAAGCAUCGCCUUCAUCGAGCAGGAAUUGCUGCCGGAGAUGGUGCACGAUCGUUGCUUCUGCGAGCCGAGUUCCAGGGAGUUUGUCGAAUUCGACUCGGCCACGAUCCGGCUCGACGAGCUGAGCCGAAGCAGCGAGAUCUACCGCGUCAACAUCGUGGUCAGAUUCUCCGGGGAGCCAAGCAGUUUCCCUCUGCUUGUGAAGCUGCUGCCCGAGGAGGGGGCCGAGCACAAGUCACCGACAGCGUUCGACGCCUACCAAAACGAGGAGAUGUUCUACUCGAAGAUGACGCGGAGCUACGGCACUGAUUUGGUCCCGAAGUGCUACCUGUCGGACCUCGGCCGCUACGGCAGGCCGGUGAUCGUUCUCGAGGACCUGGAGGAGGCCGGUUACGCGCAGGUGGACGGCGAGUUGGACGAGGAUCACUUGAAACUGUGCGUGCAAGUCCUCGCCAAGUUUCACGCCAGGGGGUUGCGACUGAGGGCGACCGAACCGCAGAUCUUCCGAGAAUUCGAGGCGAAACUGCUGGAGAUCUCGCUCACCGACCAGGCCAUGUCACAUUACGAGAAACGAUCGACCAGAAUGCUGGACAUCCUGGAAUCGAUGCCGAACUCGGGCUUCGCGGAGAGGAUAAAACAGAGAUUAAACAAGAGACCGAUGGAAAUAGUGAAAGGCAUCGCGACGGAGGUGAACGACGUUUCAACAAUAUGCCACGGUCAUUUUUCACACGAUAAUCUGCUGUUCAAAUACCAGAACGGGAAACCGAUCGACGCGAAGGUGAUCGACUGGCAAACAAUGAGAUAUUGUUCGCCGGCUGUCGAUCUCGGGCCUAUUCUACUGUAUAACGUGACGCAUGAAAACGGGCCGUCGGAGGUGCAGAAAAUUUUGACGUUGUACAUCGACACCGUCCGAUCUGAAUAUCCAGAGAUAGACGGCGAACGUCUGAGGGAAGACAUUGUCGGCAAGUUCCUGUUCGCCUGCGUCGUUUUAUCCUUUCUCGAUCACAUCACCGACGACGAACUUACUCGAGUUCUGCUGUUGUUGGAACAGUUGGACGAUUUCGAU